AACCUUUGACUCUCCUAAAUGGAAAUAAUAGACAAGUUCCGGUAUAACAGAACAAGGCAAAUUUUAACAAAAACAAAAAAAUCAGAAAUUUCAUGAUAAAUAAUGCGUUAAUUACAACCAGAAAUAUGGUUACCAUUUUUUCUAAUACAACUACAAGCGUAUCAGAUGAAUUGCUUCGAAAGCUAUCAUCGGAUCUUUUGGAAUUGACGAUCAAAAAUAUUCCUGGAGUAAAGUGUGAAAAAGAAGACGAUUGCAUACUCCUAAAGGGACAAUGGCAUGACCUUGUAACAGCAUACAUUUCAUUAGAACAAUGUCUUUUUGAAAAGGAUGGUGGAGAGAGUGAUAAAGAAGAUGUCAAGACAGCAGUUGAUGAAAUUGAAACUUCCAAGAAACAAUCUCUAGAAUCUCCAAAUGAAUCAGACAGAGAAGUUACCUCGGAUGCUGAUUAUAACGGUGUUACAGUGAAACAAGAAAAAGAUGCUGGUGAAUGGCUUGCAUCAUGUAGUCUUAGUAAUAAUGACAGCAAUGCAGCUGGAGACUUUGAUCAAGAUACUGAUAUCGAAGAUAAAACUGAAAUCAAACGAAGAUUAAGGUCAUGUGAAAAAUCAGUGAAAAGAUUUAAAAGCUCAUCAGGUAGUGUCAGCGUAAGUAAAGAAAGCUACAAAUGCAAUAAAUGUGACUAUAUUGGUAAAAAAGAAAAGCAGUUGCAAAGUCACAUGGCUAGGAAACAUCACCGUCCAUUUAAAUGUGAUGUAUGUGGGAAAAAAUAUGGUUACAAAACAGAUUUAGAUCGUCAUAAGAUAGAAGUGCACAGUAAAACUGCAAAUUAUUAUUGUAACAUAUGUGACAAGUACUUGAAAACAAGAGCAUAUAUUGAAGAUCACAUGUCAAUGCAUGCAGAUAACUAUGUGUAUCAUUGCAAAACCUGUGAGAAGUCAUUCAGUACUAAAAUUGUGUUUGGUAAACAUAUGAAACUAAAACAUCCCUCCAUACUAUUUGAAGUAGAAGAUCUUGAUGAUGCAUUGCCAAGUGAUGAAGCAAAUUCAAAUGCAGAGAAAUGUUUAACAGAUGAUGCAUCUAAUGAUUGUUCAAAUGUAGAAAACGGGGCAGAUAAAAGUUCAGAAAAAAUUUUGGAUGAAAGUAAUGAUCAAGAUUUUGACUCAGACUAUUUGUUCUUCCCUGAAGAUAAGGAGAAAAUAAUUCAUGAAAAUAAUCUGGUCAAAAUUACUUUGAAAAGAGGAAAAAAUCGUGGCAGGCCAAGAAUUAAAUCUUUUGUGGAUGGAAGGACAGAAUUUCCCUGCAACUUGUGUAACUAUAUAGGAAAGAAAGAAUCACAUUUAGAGUAUCAUAUUAUUCGCAAUCAUAGUCAAAAGUUUAUUUGUGAUAUCUGUCAGAAACAGUUUGGCUACAACUGGGACCUGAAACGGCACAGGGAACAAGUGCAUGCAGAGGCCUCAUAUAUUUGCCAUAUAUGUAGCAAGGCUUAUAAAGUAAAGAAAAGUUUUGAUGAACAUCUUAAAUCUCACGAAGAGGGGUAUGUAAAAUCAGUGUUUCCGUGCACUUACUGUGAAAAGUCUUUCUCUGCAAAGCAGGUAUUGGAGAACCAUAUAAAGAUUAAACACUUAGGCAUGAAGCAGAAAGAAAAACAGAAGUAUUUGUGUCAAACAUGUGGAGCUGAAUUUUACCACAAAUACAGUUACCAGAGUCACAUGAAUAAACAUGCAGGCCUCAUGCCUUACAACUGUGACAUAUGUGGAAAAGCCUUUGCUAGUGAGCACUCAGUAAAGGAGCACCAAAUAACACAUAGGGACACUAGGGAGUUUCACUGCCAUGUUUGUGCCAAGUCAUUUAAGACAUCAUCAGCUCUCAAUGCUCAUGUUGCUAUACAUGGUGACAAACGAAAUUUCAAAUGUUCAGUGUGUAAUAAAGGUUUUAUUCAGAAACAGUCUUUGAUCCGACAUGAACGUAUUCACAGUGGCUACAAACCAUUUUCUUGUGGGCUGUGCUCACGAGUUUUCACUGACAGUGCUACUAUUAGAAAACACAUGAUUCUCGUGCAUAAAAGUGAUCCUCAUGAUUGGCAGGGAGAUGUUAUUUCUGAUCUUAAGAAACAAAGUGAUAUGUGGCAGGGUGAUCUUACAUCGGAGCCCAAAAGAGAACCAGACUUCCGAAGAAAGGCAGAUAGGGAAAGACAUAUGAAGGAAGAAACAUUAGCUCAAAACACCAGUUCUAAACAGGUCACAGACAUACAGAACUGUGAGACAAAUAUGCAAGAAACUAGUCAAAAUAAUGGUGUUCAUUUCUCACGAGAAAAUAGUUUUACUGAUAUAAGCCAAGGCAGCUACAGUGAAAUGAAUUCAGAGGAUUUAAACAGAAAUGAUCAUAACCACCGUUCUUUGAAUAACUUACAUCCAAUUACUCCAGAUGAGUAUAAUCAUAACAGAUCUGUUAACAUGGAUCACGGUAGUGAGGAAGUUAAUACUGAGCAAAAGAAGAACGAGUUCUGGCGAGGAGACGGAUAUGUUGACCCAGCUAGGCCUAGUGAAGUGUGGCAUCAAGGUACUGGGGAAAGUGGUAGACAAUCUGAACAGAUAAGGAUUGAGGAGUUAAUAGAACUUAAAAGGCCAACUGAUUACUGGCCUGCUGGUAUCCCUCUUGAUGCCAGUAGACAUAGCGAGUUCUUUCAUGGUGAUAAUAUUCCUGAUCCGAGAAAACAGAUCGAGUUUUGGCAGGGACAAACUUUACCUGAACAGAAACAGGACAAUGAUCAGAUGCCUGGGCAGCUUACUACUCUACAAAAUCUCAAUUACAGUAGCCAGUCAUAGAUUAUGUUUUCUCUCGGCAAUAUUUAUUUUUUGUGUGUAGAAUUUAUUAAUUAAUUGAAAGGAAAGGUAGGUGUGUAACUGUUUUUUAAUCAAAUGUAAAAUUGAAGUAGAUAGAUCACAUUCAAUAAUGAAUGAUGAUGUAUGAAUAUAGAAGAAAUUUAUGUUUGAAACUGUAUUUUAUGAACACCUCAGUUGUCUUUUUCAACAGUAUCUACUGGCAAGUUUAUUAAGCCUGAACAUCAAAACCUAAGGUAUUUUGUAUGCAUAAUUGUCUAGUAAACAUUAUCAUAUAUACAUUUUUUGGUAUAUCAAGGCCUUGGGUCUUAAAUGGCAUUAUCUUCACAUAUUAAUAUUUUAGGGGGAAAAAAUGAAAUUUCUUAGUCAUAGAAUCAUAAAUUGUAGAGCAACAUGUAAGAUAAUAAGUGAGUAACAUGCUUGGAAUUUUAGAAUUUUCUAUUAAAAUUUGAUUUGAGUAAAUAUGAUCAAUUUAAUGUAUGUCUCAUUCAUUUGCCUAUGUAUCCCUUUAAGCUAUGCCUGUAAUGGGAGAGGGUUAAAUUCAUAAAGAUUGUUAUCAAAGUUCAUUGCAACAGGUGAUUUUUGUUUGUCUCCUCAACGAAGAUAUUAUCCAUCAUUGAUAAAUAAGGGUAUUGAUAGAUCAUAUAUAACCUUUAUUCUUUAGAAAAGGUAUAAUACACUUAGUUGCUAUGUGCUAUAAUUCAUAUUGUCAGUAUAAUAAGAAUGACUUCCUACAGGUUUAUAUAAGUUUUUGUUCUGGGUGAAAUUGAUUUGUAUUGUCAAUUUAGAUGUGAAAUUUUGUUGAGAAAUUUUGUUGAGAAAUACCAAGUCCCUCUCUAUAUUGGCUUUUUAAUGUAAAUACAUUUAUAUGAUAAAGCUAUGUUUUUUUUUUAUUUAAAAAUUCAUAUUAAAUAUAGAUCUAAAAAGCUGCAAUAUGUAAAAUAAACUUUUGCAAAUUUUUAUGAAGUUUAAAAUACAUGUAUUUGUUUGUUCAAUGUUGUGAUUUGAUUAUUUUUAGUAAUAUAUAAUAAACUUUUUGUUUGUAGAAUAUACAUGUUGUUUAUAUGCAUAACUUAUGCACAAAUUUUUAUGUUGGCUUUAUGAAGACAUUAUUUCCUCCCAUAAAUACUGUCUUCUGUUUUCUAUAUCUUUGGACAAGAUACUAAGGAACUACUUAUGAAACACUUGGUCAUGUUUUUGUUAUAUUUUCUUAGAAUUUUUGUCAUAAGAAUAAACUAUUGAAUAAAAAGACAGCCACAUUUUGAGUCGAGUUGUAUUCAUAAUGCAUUGCAUAGAAAAAAAGACUUGACUUUAACACUUGGAAAUUUCUUUAACCAUUCAAGAUGUUGUUAAUGUCAGUUUGUUACUGAUAUUUACUAUGCAAACUUAUUUUUAUCUUUCUUUAGGAUAAUGUGUUAAAAGGUGAGCUUAUUGUGAUUUCCUGGUGUAUCUGCCAUUCAGUACAAUUCUAAUUAAGAAAAUUUUCUCAAAAAGUAAAAUAAGUAUAGGUUAAAGUUUAUUAGUAUGUAUUUACAAAAUUAAAUUGGUCAGGCGUGGCACAGCUUAGUGUUUUAAAUUAUUUUAUUAACAGUCGAUUUACUAGACUGAUCAGAUGAGUUCAAACAUGGGUCAUCAGUUUGCAAAUGUGUUAUGUUUCAUUUCAAAUACUGCAAUCUUUUGGACAAAAAAUAAUUUCAAACUCUAGAGGCUUUUUACAUGAGUUUUCUGGUUAGUCUGACUAGAUUUACAUUUUCACUAUUUUAUACUGUAUUAUUUAAUUGAUUUACCUUAUUAGUCCCCUACCGGUUUAACGGGAGGGGACUUUAGGUUUACCGUCCGUCUGUCUGUCCGCACUCACAGGAGAGUAAUUAUGUGGCUAGAGGGACAAUAGGUAACUGUUCUUUCUCUUUGAUGUCAUUCAUUCCGUAAUGCUUUUAUGUGGCUAUUUUCUUUUGUGUGGCUAAAAAGAACAAUAGAGAGAACAAUAGAGUAGCCACAUAAUUACUGUCCUGUGAGAACUUCCGUCUGUCAGUCCGUCCAUCCACAAAACUGGAUCCCGCGAUAACGCAAAAAGUACUGAAAAUAUUUUUAUGAAACUUGAUAUAUGGAUUGAUGGCAGUCUGGAGAUUAUGCACAUCUUUUUCUUUUCUUCCUAUGUUGAAAAUUCUGGUUGCUAUGGCAACAAAUAGCCUGAAUUUCAAGAUUUCUGAUUUAAAUUUUUCAGCUUUUUCACUAUAAGUUCUUUAUUUCUUAAGGUGUUACUUCAAACUUUAAAUGUAAGUUUCUGAUCAUCAACCACAUAUGUGACAAGGUUUACAACUCUAGCACAAAAGAUAUCAGUAUUACCUCCCUUGAACUUAGAAUUUUUAUGAAAAAAAAUGUCGUCUUUUUUAAAUAACUUCUUUAUUUCCUAAUGUAUCUACUUCAAACUUCAUAUAUAUGUUUCUUAUUGUCACUCAACAUUUUUGAGAAGGUUAAAUACUCUAGCAAGACUUUUUCCAGAAUUAUGUCCCCCUUGAACUUAGAUUUUUUUCAAGAAAUUUGUAUUAUUCACUCCAACUUCUUCAUUCCUUAUAGGAUUUACUUCAAAAUCCCACAUCAUAAUAAUAUGACAAGGUUGUAUAAACAUAAUUUCCUUACUAGGCAGGGAAACUUUACACAUUACUGUGAUAUAGACAAACUUAGAACUCAAAAGUUCAUUCAUGUCAUUCAUUCACAGGUAAAAUUGACUGGCCAAUGGCCCAUCAGAAUGUUGCUGGGGUUCUAACCGGUAGGGGACUUAUGGAUUGCUUGCAAUACUAUGAUAAUUGCUUGUUUGUAAUGGGCUACCAUAAAUAGUUAAAUCACAUUAACUUCCAUAAUUAUACCAGUAGAGAACAUAGUGUCAUGGAAGGUCUUUAAUUAUUAAUUUAUUAUGUUUUUAAGAUGAUUUACAUUGUAUUAUGAGUUGAUACUUUCAUAUGUUUUUCCAUGCAAUCUAUUGUAUUUUGCAAUACUUUUAGAUAUUUUUUAAAUGAAAUGAUUUUUGUUGCAUUUUUAAUAUGGAUGUUCCAAUAGAUAAAAUAGUCUUGGAGCACUUGAAGUCUCGACCAGUUAGAAGGUAAUAAAUUAUUUGUGUGCUUGACU